AUGGGGUUCUCCUUCACCUCCCGAGCCGGUGCUCGACUGCUGGACGGGAUCGCGCGCCCCGGCGUCUCCACCGCAGCACUUCUGUUCGCAGCGGCCAGUGGCGGAGGCCUUGUGGCGUACGCGGAUUCCGCUGCGGAGAGUGCUCCGGAGCCAUCUCAGGAUGCUCCCAAGAAGAAGGUGCUGGUUCUUGGGACUGGCUGGGCUGGGACGUCAUUCCUCAAGAACCUCGACUGCUCCCGGUAUGAAGUGAAGGUCAUCUCGCCCCGGAACUACUUCGCAUUCACGCCUCUGCUUCCGAGUGUCACAUGUGGCACUGUCGAAGCACGCAGCAUUGUCGAGCCGAUACGGAGGAUCCUUGAGAAGAUUUACAUUCAUGAAGCUACUAACUGCAUCAUCUAUCAUGUAAUAUUUUCUGUCUUCCUCUAUCAUGAUAUGGCUUCACAUCCUGAAAGUCAGGAAGUAGAGGAUGCUCAGAAGAUACGGAGGUUUGAUAAAAAAAUAGCUGCAUUUGCUGAACAAAAGUUCCAGAGGAAUGGCAUCGAAGUGUGCACGGGCUUCAGAGUGAUAAAGGUGUCUGAUGAUUUGAUUACAAUGAAGAGCAAAUCAGCUGGCAAGGAGGUAUCAGUGCCUUAUGGAAUGGCUGUUUGGUCUGCUGGCAUUGGUACUCGUCCUGUCAUCAUGGACUUCAUGCAACAAAUUGGGCAGACUAAUCGGCGUGCCUUGGCAACUAAUGAGUGGUUAAGAGUUCGCGAGUGUGAAGGUGUCUAUGCAAUUGGUGACUGUGCUACAGUUAGUCAAAGAAAAAUAAUGGAUGAUAUUUCAAUGGUAUUUAAGAUGGCAGACAAGGACAAUUCUGGCACUUUAACACUGAAAGAGAUCAAUGAUGUAUUAGAAGAUAUAUAUAUAAGAUAUCCGCAAGUAGAGCUCUAUAUGAAAAGUAUGCACAUGCUUGAUAUUGCGGAUUUAAUAAAAGGCUUAAUAGGUGAUUCUCACAAGGAGUCUAUGGUGGUUGAUAUAGAGGAGUUCAAACAAGCUCUGAGCCAUGUUGAUUCCCAAGUGAAAAUGCUCCAGCAACAGCUCAGGUCGCUGCACAACAAGGGCAGUAUCUCGCUGAAAGUUUCAACAAAAUGGAAGAAUGCAAAGAGGAACCAGAAGGCCCUUUAUGAUGACAGGGGAUCUGGCCGUCACUUUUUUCCGCCCAUUUCGCUACAAGCAUUUUGGGCAAUUCGCACCCCUGGGUGGAGAACAAGCUGCUGCAGAGCUCCCGGGCGACUGGGUCUCCAUGGGCCACAGCACUCAGUGGCUGUGGUACUCUGUGUAUGCCAGAUGGAUGGACGGAUGGAAGGCUCUCAACAUGUGAAGCAGCUUUGGAAGAAAGAGGCCCCCUUUUUAGCUUUCACUGUAGCCCCGUUGGAACAUGGUAUCAGAUUCUUGCCGCGAGAAUCGAACCACUUCACGUGA